ACACAACACACGCGAUGCUCGUCUCUCUCACAGUCGGCAAAGUCGACGCCGGCGUCGCAGUUCUUCUGACAGAAGAUAAACGCCUCAUCGAGUUCCCGUCCAUACUACUGCCUCCGGAUAUCUCAUCUGGUAGUAUAGUCGACAUCAAUGUGGGGCGGAACUACGAAGCCGAAGCAGACGCUGCGAAAGCAUUCCACGAGCUACAGUCUGAGAUAUUCCGCACCUUUGGUCAGCGCACCCCAACAGCGCCUAACCUGCGCUGCCGGAAUGCCACUCAGACGUCAGUGGUCCUCGAAUGGGAUCCCAUAGACGUCGCGACUGCCGAACUACGGAGCCUCACACUGUACCGCAACGGCAGCAAGGCAGGCACGAUACCCAAGCCCGGCGAGGUACACAGCACGAAGCUGAGUGGUCUGGCUGUCGACUCGGAAUACACUUUCCACCUGGUAUUGAAGACAAGUGCGGGCACAUUCAGUAGCGAGAAGCUCAAUGUGCAGACACACAAGAUGACAGAUCUGUCUGGUAUCACAAUCACACCAGGUCACAUGCCAGCAGCGUUACGCGAGUCACUGCAAAGAUCUGUCGAGAGAAUUGGAGCGAAGAUUGCAGAUAAUGUCCGCAUCGACACUACCCACUUCGUCUGUACAGAGGGCAGAGGGCCAGCAUGGGAGAAGGCGGUGGAGAACAACAUCCCCGUAGUUGUACCAGACUGGGUCAUAGGGGACGAGGAUGCAUCAGCGCCACCUCCACCACCCCCCAAAGAUGAUGUGAGCGAAAAGAGCCGCACGACAACGCCGGAGCCCAAGUCGCAAGCAGAAGAGCAGAAAGUGAGGACAGAGGACGUCAAGCCACAGAAUGAAAAGGAGAAGGGAGAGGGAAGUGAAGACGAAUCUGAGCCAGAGCCGAGUAAUGAGAAGUCACUGGAGGCUGGCAUCCCCAGCAGACCUAAGCCUGGAAAAGCGUCUGUGGAAGACGAAGAGGGUGAUGCAAAUAGCUUCCAGGAAGUUGACCUGUAG